AUGCCCAGCGUAGUGGUGAACGGGUUGUCAGGAGGCGCUACGGAUGCGGAGGAUGUGGUGUUGACUGGUCUGUCAGGGCGGCUGCCGGAGUCCGACACCAUCGAGGAGUUCGCGCAGCAACUGUUCGACGGGGUGGACCUCGUCACCGACGACGACCGACGCUGGACACCAGGUCUAUAUGGUUUACCAAAACGCAAUGGUAAAUUAAAAAACUUAGCCAAUUUUGACGCUGCAUUUUUUGGGGUGCACGCCAAACAGGCAAAUAUUAUGGACCCGCAACUGCGUAUGCUGCUUGAGGUCACGUACGAGGCUAUUAUAGACGCCGGCAUCAACCCUGACGAGCUGCGUGGCACCCGCACCGGCGUCUACGUCGGCAGCGCUGAAUCCGAAAGCAUCGAAAUAUGGACACGGGAUCUCGAGAAGCUCAACAGCUAUGUAGCCACCGGCUGUAAUCGUGCAAUGUUUUCCAAUCGCAUAUCAUACACGUUUGACUUCAAAGGUCCAUCGAUAUCUGUCGACACCGCUUGCUCGAGCUCUAUGGUCGCACUCGCCCAGGCCGUGGCCGCCAUCAAAACCGGACUUUGCGAUACUGCAAUCGUAGCCGGUGCCAAUCUUUGUCUAAAACCUGCCAUGUCCCUCCACUUUCUACGAAUGAAUAUACUAUCACCGGAGGGGCGCUGUGCCUCCUUCGAUGCAGGGAGAAGCGGGUAUGUGAGGGCGGAGGCCAUCGUAGCUGUACUACUGCAGAAGCGAAGUAGUGCGCGGCGCGUGUACGCCACGGUACGCGGUGCGGCCACGAACGCCGACGGUUACAAAGAGCAGGGCAUCACCUACCCCACAGGAGAUAUGCAACGACAACUAGCCGCCGAAACAUUCCAAAAGGCGGGACUCAGGCCGCAAGAUGUUGCAUAUGUAGAGGCGCAUGGCACCGGUACUCAGGUGGGCGAUCCGCAGGAAGUGAAUGCGAUCGCUGAAUUGUUUUGCAAAGAUAGAAAGACUCCAUUGUUGCUGGGGUCGGUGAAGUCUAACAUGGGACACUCGGAGCCCGCGUCAGGCUUGUGCUCGAUCACGAAAGUACUGAUCGCAAUGGAAAAGGGCGUCAUCCCUGGCAAUCUACACUUCAAAUCUCCCAAUCCUGAUAUACCAGCACUCAGCGACGGUAGAUUAAAAGUGGUGAACCGAAACACGACUUGGGAGGGCGGUCUGGUGGCGGUGAACUCGUUCGGGUUCGGCGGCGCGAACGCGCACGUGAUCCUGGAGUCGGAGCGCGCGCACGGCAAGCGUGAGAGUGCACGCGCGCCGUACGCGCUGCCGCGGCUGGUGGUCGCGUCGGGCCGCACCGAGCCCGCCGUGCGCGCGCUGCUCGAGCACGCCGCCGAGCACGCCUCCAACGCCGACCUGCACGCGCUGCUCGACGCCGUGCACGCACGCGCCGUGCCCGGCCACGCGCACCGCGGCUACGCCGUGCUCACCGACCCACCGCUGCAGGAGAUCCUCGAAUUUGACAACAGUGAGCCGCGACCUAUCUGGUUCGUGUUCUCGGGCAUGGGCUCGCAGUGGGCGGGCAUGGCACGCUCGCUGAUGCGACUGCCGACGUUCGCGGCUACGAUCGAGCGAGUGGCCGCAGCCCUCCGUCCUCACAACAUCGACCUGCUGCACGUGCUAAUCGACGCGCCCGACGCCGCCUUUGAAGACGUCAUCAACUCCUUCGUGUCCAUCGCGGCGGUACAAGUGGCGCUGGUUGACGUACUGCGCGCCGUCGACAUCCGACCUGAUGGCAUCGUCGGUCACUCUGUAGGCGAACUAGGGUGUGCGUACGCAGAUGAGACGCUGACGGCGGAGCAGACGGUUCUGGCUGCGUACUGGCGCGGACGCAGCAUCGUAGACGCUGUUCUGCCGCCGGGCGCGAUGGCCGCCGUCGGCCUCACGUGGCAGCAGUGCGUCGAGCGCUGUCCGCCCGACGUCGUGCCGGCCUGCCACAACGCCGCGGACAGUGUCACCGUAUCGGGUCCGGUUCCGUCGAUAGAGAAGUUCGUAGCCGAGUUGUCUGCAGCGGGCACGUUCGCGCGCCGCGUCAACAGCAGCGGCGUGGCGUUCCACAGCAAGUACAUCGCGGCGGCCGCGCCGCUGCUGCGCGAGCGGCUGCGCACCGUCAUACCAGACCCCAAGCCGCGUACUGCGCGCUGGGUCUCCUCCUCGCUGCCCAAGGACCAGUGGAAUUCUGAUAUCGCGAAGCUGAGCGACGCGGAGUACCACGUGAACAACCUGCUGUCGCCGGUGCUGUUCGCGGAGGCGCUGGCGGCGGUGCCGGCGCGCGCGCUGGUGGUGGAGGUGGCGCCGCACGCGCUGCUGCAGGCGGUGCUGAAGCGCGCGCUGCCCGCGGCCGCCGCGCACGUGCCGCUCGUGCGCCGCGACCACCCCGAGCCCUGCGCGCACCUGCUGGCCGCCCUCGGCAGGGUGUACGCGGCGGGCGCGCAGCCGGCGGCGGGGCGGCUGUACCCCGCGGUGGCGUGGCCCGUGUCGCGCGGCACGCCGGGGCUGGCCUCGCGUGUCCGCUGGGACCACUCCGUCGAGUGGAGCGUGGCACACUAUGACACCGAAUCAUACUCGGGGGAGAACAUCGUGGAGGUGAAACUUUCGAACUCGGAGGACGCCUACAUCGCAGGUCAUCAGAUUGAUGACAACAUACUUUACCCAGCCACCGGAUACAUUGUUCUUGUGUGGCGAGCUCUGGCUAAACUUCAUAAAAAAAACUUUGAAGAAAUAUCGGUAGUCUUUGAAGAUUUACGAUUUGAACAAGCAACAAUCUUGUUACAAGAUACUCCUGUACGAUUUUUAAUAACGAUACUGAGCGGAACCGGCGAGUUCAAUGUGUGCGAGGGUACAAGCGUUGUCAUCACUGGUAAAGUGCGACUUGUAGAUAACACAAGCGCGGAACGAGUCAAAAUAGAACCGCUUCCCGUUUCUGAAGAACCGGAAUUAUUAUCACUCACAAGUGAUGACAUUUACAAAGAAUUGAGAAUCCGAGGAUACAAUUACAGUGGUGUAUUUAAAGGGAUACGUUGUUCAAACCCUAGAGGAAUGGCAGGAGAACUCGAAUGGAAUGGCAAUUGGGUCAGUUUGAUGGACACAAUGUUACAAUUUUUCAUUAUUGGAAAACCGAUCCGCGAGUUACUGGUGCCGACUCUAAUAAAACGUGUAUUUAUCGAUCCAGUAGCACAUUUAGCAGCUAGUAAUGGUGUUGACAAGUUGCCAGUCCGUCGAGAGAAAAACAUUAAUAUUGUGAUUUGUGGGGGUCUAGAACUUCAUGGUAUAAAUUUAAGUCUCGCCCCCCGUCGUAAUAUGCAGUCACCGCCAAAAUUGGAAAAAUAUAUAUUCGUACCGUACAAUAACGACUCACAAUGCUCGAAACAAGACGCUCUCAUUGUUAGUACACAUUUUGUGCUCGAGAACGCAGGUAGUUUACGUAUGAAAAUUACGGAAGCGGCACUUGACCGACCCGUAGAAGCACUGUUAACACCGCAUAUUUUGAAAAUAUUCGACGUCGAACCGGAAGUACGUGUGGAGUUUAGUUUGGCUGCUGGUGCAGCCGUUACAUUCUACUCAGAGGCGCUUCAACAUUUUGAUAUAAAGGUGACUUCGAAGGACGCGAGCGAGACCGCCCCGGACAGCGAGUGCCAUCUGGUGGUGGCGGGCGGCGUGGCGUCGUCGCCUGACAGUGCGGAGGUGCUGGGCCGGCUGGCGGAGGCGCUGGCCGACGGCGGCAUGGUGCUGGUGGAGGAGGCGCACGGCGCGCUGGGGGCGGCGGCGGCGGAGCGGGCCGGCCUCGAGGUGGUGUCGCGGCAGGCGACCGCCGACUGCGAGUACCUGGUGCUGCGGCGGCGCGUCCCGCCGCCGGCCGAGCACGUGGUGGUGGAGGUGGAGGACGAGCGCUCGUACGGCUGGGUGGAGCCGCUGCGCGCGGCGCUGAAGCGCGCCGAGAGCGCGGCCGCGGAGCUGCGCGUGUACGCGGUGUCGCGCGCGGCCGGCGGCGGCGUGCUGGGGCUGGGCACGUGCCUGCGCGCCGAGCCGGGCGGCCGCGCGCUGCGCGUCUUCUAUCUGCCCGACUGCCGCGAGCCCUUCCAGCCCGCCGCGCCCCACUUCGCGGACCAGCUGCGCAAGGACCUGGCCGUCAACGUGCUGCGCGCCGGCGUCUGGGGCUCCUACAGGCACUUACCUUUGGAUAACGUUGAUGAGAUGCGAAGUCAGGUCGAACACGCGUAUGUAAAUAUCCUGACUCGUGGCGACCUUUCGUCACUGCGGUGGAUCGAGAGUCCGCUGCGCUUUGCGGGCGAGAGGCAGAGUUCACCGCACACAGACCUCUGCCAAGUUUACUAUGCACCAAUAAACUUUCGCGAUGUCAUGUUAGCUACCGGCAAGCUGCCUCCUGAUGCGCUACCGGGAAACCUUAUCGGUCAGGAGUGUAUCCUGGGGCUGGAGUUCAGCGGGCGGUCGUCGCGGGGCGCGCGCGUGAUGGGCAUGGUGGCGGCGCGCGGGCUGGCGACCAGCGUGGUGGCCGACUCGGGGUUCCUGUGGGAGGUGCCCGCGGCGUGGUCGCUCGAGCAGGCGGCGACGGUGCCGGUGGCGUACGCGACGGCGUACUACGCGCUGGCGGUGCGCGGGCGCAUGCGGCGCGGGGAGGCGGUGCUGGUGCACGCGGGCACCGGCGGCGUGGGGCAGGCCGCCAUCGCGAUCGCGCUGCACGCCGGCUGCACCGUGUUCGCGACGGUGGGCACGCCCGACAAGCGCGCCUUCCUGCGCGAGCGCUUCCCGCAGCUGCGGGACGACCACGUCGGCAGCUCGCGCGACACCUCCUUCGAGCAGCUGGUGCUGCAACGCACGAACGGCCGUGGCGUCGAUCUCGUACUCAACUCGCUCGCUGCUGAUAUGCUGCUAGCUUCCGUGCGCUGUCUGGCCGAGGGCGGCCGCUUCCUUGAGAUCGGCAAGGUGGAUCUUUGCAACAAUGCCUCUCUGGGCAUGAAGAUCUUCCUGAAGAACACAACAUUCCACGGCAUCCUGCUGGACGCGCUGUUCGAGGCGUCGGCCGAGGACGCGGAGAAGGCGGCGGUGGUGCGCUGCAUGACGGAGGGCAUCGCCAGCGGCGCCGUCCGCCCGCUGCCCGCCACCGUCUACCACGACCACCAGCUCGAGCAGGCCUUCCGAUACAUGGUAACUGGCAAGCACAUUGGUAAAGUACUGAUACGUGUGCGCGAGGAGGAGGGCACGUCGAUUACGCCCGCUGCCAAGCUUGUAUCCGCUAUUCCGCGUAUCUACCUUCAUCCUAUCAAGAGCUACGUCUUAGUGGGCGGUCUUGGGGGCUUCGGUCUGGAGCUGGCGCAAUGGUUAAUAGUCCGUGGCGCCACCCGGAUUGUCUUGAAUUCACGCAGCGGCGUUCGUACUGGCUAUCAGUGCAUGUGCAUCCGCAGGUGGCGGGAAGCUGGUGUUACAGUAGCGGUGUCACAGAUGGAUGCGACCACCGUCGAUGGCGCUAAUGAUCUUUUGCGGGAAGCGUCCGCGCUGGGGCCCGUUGGCGGGGUAUUCAACUUAGCUGCAGUACUGCGUGACGCUUUAAUCGAAAACCUCACACCAGAAGAUUUUAAGAUAGUCGCAAAACCUAAGGUGGACGGCACGCGGGCGCUGGACGCGGCGACACGAGAGCUGGCCCCGCAGCUGGACCACUUCGUGGUGUUCUCGUCGGGAUCAUGCGGGAGGGGCAAUCCCGGCCAGAGCAACUACGGUUUCGCCAACUCGGUCAUGGAACGCAUCUGCGAGCGGCGGCAGGCCGACGGUCUGCCGGGUCUCGCCGUGCAGUGGGGCGCCAUCGGUGAUGUGGGCAUGGUGAUGGAGACCAUGAGCGGCAACGACGCGGUGGUGACCGGGACUGCCCCGCAGCGGAUCGCGUCCUGUAUAAGCGCCCUCAACACUCUGAUGAGUCUACCACACCCGGUGGUCGGGUCCAUAGUGCUGGCCGACAAGAGCCGGAAGCACGUGGCGCCCAAGGAAGAUGUGAUUAGCUACGUCGCCAAUAUAUUAGGAAUAAAGGACUUGAGCAGCACAUCGACUACGACUCGUCUUGCAGAGCUAGGGAUGGACUCAUUCAUGAGUGCAGAGAUAAAGCAAACUCUAGAACGAAAUUACAACCUGCUGCUAAGUGCUCAGGACAUCCGCUCCCUCACUUUUGACAAGCUCCGUCAGCUCACUAGCAGCGACUCUAAGUCAUGUAGUGUCAGUGAUGACAGCAACUAGAAGAGAUGCUGCAAUGGAGUCCGUAGACCUGCAACCAUCAAUAGGCUAACGGCGGAUCCAGGGAGGUCACGGGGUCAUGACCCCCCUGAGCCCAGGACUUAGGUGGACCAGUAAUUGAACAUAAUGAUUUUAUUUCUAUAUUUUGUCACCAUACAGAUAUUAUUAGAUAUUAUUAUAACUACAUA